GCUGUGCUGUGGUACCGUUUGUGUCCGCUUGAUGGGAGUGUUGAUAGUGAGUGAUCAGCGUUCACACACACACACACACACACACACUGACACUGACAGAGUCAGGUCAAAACAACAACACAAGCUACCACCCACAUUGGCUGCUGAAUACUCCAUCCCUGGAAAGCUCUCUCACUCAGCACCGAUGUGUUACACUUUUAGGCAGCACAACGCACUUGACCAGACUGUAAUGCCGAGCGGUAAUGGCCAGGAUGUUUUGGGAAGGUUUGGAACUGGCCUCUGCUGUAGCCACAGCGACUGCCUGCCUGGUCUCUCUGCUCCUGCUGCUGACUGUCUCCAGGCAACUUUGGCAAUUCCGUUGGACUGUGAGCCGUGACAAAAACUGCAAUCUGCCGAUUCCUAAGGGCUCGAUGGGGUUACCCCUCAUCGGAGAGACUUUUCAUUGGUUAGUAGAGGGAUCCAGAUUCCACUCAUCAAGACGGGAGAAAUAUGGCAACGUGUUCAAGACGCAUCUCCUGGGCCGCCCGCUGAUCCGUGUGACUGGUUCCGAGAAUGUGAGGAAAAUCUUGAUGGGUGAACACACCCUGGUGAGCAGCCAAUGGCCACGCAGUACCAGGAUGCUACUGGGUCCCACAAGUCUGACCAACUCCAUUGGUGACAUUCAUCGCCAGAAGAGAAAGAUCUUUGCCAAGGUUUUCAGCCAUUAUGCCCUGGAAUGCUACCUUCCCAAGAUCCAGCAAGCCAUUCAGGAUGGUAUUCGAGACUGGAGCAGCAGUGGGGAGCCCAUCACCGUUUACCAUGAGGCCAAGAAGCUCACGUUCCGUAUCGCAGUCCGGGUCUUACUGGGAUUCCGUGUAUCUGAGACUGAACUGAAUCUCUUAUCGGAAAGCUUUGAACAACUUGUCGCCAACCUGUUCUCCUUACCUCUAGACUUUCCAUUUAGCGGUUACAGGAAGGGAAUGCGAGCCCGGGACAAUCUUCACAAAUACCUGGAAAAAGCCAUCAGUGAAAAACUGCAGUGCAAAGAAGACAAGGAUUACUCUGAUGCUUUGGACAUUCUCAUAGACAGUGCCAGGGAACAAGGGAAAGAACUCACUAUGCAGGAACUGAAGGAAUCUACAGUGGAACUGAUCUUCGCUGCCUUCGCAACUACCUCGAGUGCGACGACAUCACUCAUCUACGAGCUCCUGCAGCACCCUCUGGUCCUGGAGAAACUGCGGGAAGAGUUGAGGAGUAAUGGGAUCCUUCACAAUGGAUGCAAGUGCGAGGAGACCCCCAGGAUGGCUGUAGUGGUACGCCUCAAAUAUCUGGAUUGCAUCAUCAAGGAGGUCUUACGUCUGCUUCCACCGGUCUCAGGCGGCUACAGGACGGCAUUGCAGACGUUUGAGUUGGACGGGUGUCAGAUUCCCAAAGGCUGGAGUGUCCUGUACAGCAUCCGAGACACACACGAUACGGCUCCCAUCUUCCAGAAUUCUGAGGUCUUCGACCCUGACCGUUUCAGUGAAGAAUGGGGCGAGAAUAAGGGUGACCGCUUCAGCUACAUCCCUUUCGGAGGGGGCAUCAGGAGCUGCCUGGGCAAAGAGCUGGCCAAGCUGAUCCUGAAGGUGCUGGCCAUGGAGCUGGCUAGCACUAGCCUCUUUGAGCUGGCCUCCCGGACUUUCCCCAACAUGUUGACGGUGCCGGUGGUUCAUCCUGUGGACGGGUUGAGAGUCAAAUUCUCCGGACUUGAUUCCAACCAGAACGAGAUAGACCCAGAGACAGAGACAAUGCUGGGCUCCACUGUGUAACAGAACCAAUUGCAACACUCUAUCACCCACCCUGAUCACCCCAAAAACAUCCCCCCCCACCCUCCAUGCCCUGCACCCACACCUCCCCCCAAUCCUCAUCAAACCUUCACUGAAGCAACAACAAUAAAGCAAACGUAUCUGGACUUGAAAGCAAAACAAAAUGAACUAACAUGUAAGAUGUAAAGGACAACCCC